AUGCCGCCCUACACAGUCCAGCCCGUAACCCUCGCCGACAGCCCCGCCCUAGCCCGCAACAACAUGUCCGCCUUCUGGACAAACCCAAACUGGAACCUCCUCUGGCCCAAAUCCACAACCCUCGACUUCCUCGUCGCCGAAGCCACAAAGCGCAUGCCAAACAACCUCCUGCGCGACCCCGCCGCCCUGCGCCACCAAAAGGCCGUCGACUCCGAAACGGGCGAGCUCGUGGGCUACGCGCGCUGGGAGCUGCCGGCCGGCCACCGGGAUGCGGCGGCGUGGGCCGGCUCCAAGAUUGCAGAGGAUGCGGUGAGCCCGGAGGAGAGGAGGGCGAUUCAAGAGCGCUCUGAUGCGGCGUGGUGGGAGCCGAUCGAUAUGGACGGCAUUGAUGAUUGCGUUCCGCAGAAGAUGCGGAUUUUGGCCGAGAAGCCGUACAUCAGCCUCGACUACCUUGCUGUCCAUCCAGACCACAAAGGCAAGGGAAUAGCCACCAUCCUCGUCCAGGAGGGCAUUCGUCUCGCCAAGGAGACGGGGAUCGAUGUCUUCAUCCUAGCUUUCCCGGCCGGCCUGAACGUGUACAAGAGACUGGGCUUCAAAGAGGUUCACCGCGGUUACCAGGACGACACCAAGUACGGCGGCGAGGGUUAUUGGGUGACGCUGUUGACGUAUGAAGUCGAGAAGACAAACAGCGCGUAG